AUGUCUGGCGAGAAGAUUUUUGAAGGCGUCUUCGCCGUCCACAAGCCACAAGGCGUCACCUCCGCCGACGUGAUCCGCACCCUCCAAAAGCACUUCAACCCCUCGAAAACAUUCCAGCCAUGGCUAGAGUCAGAGCGCGAACGCCGCGAUCGCGAAAGCCAAUUCCAGCGCAAACGCCGCCGCCAUCAGCGCCUAGAUGUCAAGAUUGGCCACGGCGGAACCCUAGACCCGCUCGCGACGGGUGUACUCAUCACCGGCAUUGGCAAGGGCACGAAAUCCCUGCAGGAUUUCCUGGCCUGCACGAAGAGCUAUGAGACCGUUGUUGGAUUUGGUGCUGAGACGGACACCUACGACCGCCUUGGAAAAAUUGUUCGCCGCGCUCCUUACGAACAUAUCACUCGUGAAACAGUUGAAAAGGCGCUUGCUCAAUUCCGUGGUAAGAUUAUGCAGCAGCCGCCUAUUUUCUCGGCGCUGCGUGUUGAUGGCAAGAAGCUCUAUGAGUAUGCGCGUGAGGGCAAGGUGCCUCCCAUUGAGAUCAAGCAUCGCCCCGUUGAGGUUUUGGAGAUGGAGAUUAUGGAGUGGUAUGAGUCUGGCACGCAUGAGUUCAAGUUUCCCGAGCAGGAGAUGACUGGUGACGAGAAGAUCGUUGCUGAGAAGCUUCUUGACAAGGAUACCGCGGAGCCUGCUGCUCCAUCGGCUGAGGGUGAGGUUGCUGGCCAAGAGGCUGAAGCUUCAUCGUCCACCAAGCGCAAGUCGCCACCUCCUGCUGAUGAGGUGAAGGAGGAAAGCGCAGAGGGUAGCAAGAAGCAGAAGGUUUCAGAGACUGAGGCGGCGCCUGCGCCGUCGGAGCCAGCAGCAGCUGAACCUGCAGCUACUGAACCCGCUGCCACAGAGACUCCUGCUGCGUCCACAAACCAGAUAAAGACCCAAACCCCGGCUGUGAAGAUUAAGAUGACUGUCACUUCUGGCUUCUAUGUCCGCUCGCUUGCACACGAUCUUGGUAAAGCUGUCGGCAGCUCUGCCUACAUGAGCGAGUUGAUUCGGAGCCGCCAGGGUGACUAUGUGCUUGAUCCCGAGAAAAUUCUGGAGUAUAAGGACCUCGAGGCUGGCGAGGAAGUCUGGGGACCCAAGGUGAAGAAGUUCUUGGGAGAGUGGGAAGAGAAGAGAGCCACUGUCGCCAAGUCUGAAGCUGCUCAGCAAUAG